GCAGUCUAAGCCAAAGUUUCCACAUAGCCAUUGAAAUGGAGAAUAAAAGCAGAAGUUUGCUUUCGUGUUAGUCUGAAUAGGGAAACAAACGGAGUGUUAGUCUCAAAUGUCGGCAAUAUUCACUUUGUAUCGUUUUUGUAUGGAAAACACGGUCAAAAUAAAACCACACGCAUCUUUGUUUUGCACAGGGUUGUAGGUUAUGUGGAGCAAAUUGCGUUAAAAUGUUGUUGCCACCAUCUACAAUGGAUAAACGUUGGGAAUGAGUAGGUAAAUAUAUAGGCCUGGGAUUCGACUCUGAUAUUUGUGUCGUCAGAAUCAUUAAAGACAAAUAUUGUAGUAAAAUGUAAUCAGCGUCAGUGACUGCUUGUAAUUGUGUAGUUCCAGCCAUGUAUACAAGCAAGAGCUACACAAGUAAAUACAAGGCUUCGCGUAUUAUUCCUGGCCUUUCUUCGGAAAGCAAUAGUACUUGAUAUCAAUAAGCCGCUUCCUGAUUGGCUACCCGAGCUUGUAGUUGCCAUGGCGAUAGAUUGAUUGGCGUGAAGUGCCACGCCUUCUUGGGAACGAUAAAAUAAACACGAGAAUACAGGCUGCUUUUGACAGUUAGGUAUACAAUUCUAACUAUCAAUGAAUAAGUCGAUGUUCUGAGUUGUAAUAUCCGUCACAAUUUAUAAGGAGGAGUUCAAUACCGGAAACUAAAGAAAACAAAAAUACAAUUUACAAUAUUCGUCAGCAGAUUUACUGAAUAACAACAACUCGUGUUUGGUGAACGCUGAUAGUGUUUGAGACAUAAUUCCAUCGGACAAGAAGAAUGAACUUUUAACAUUGGAUUUUUACUGAGAAGCCAGAGAAAUCAAUAUUUGAAAUGAGCCAUAACCAGCCACUAAAAUGUAUAUAGUUUAAUUGCAGGUAGUGUCUUGAAAACCUUUGAAACUUUUAUAAACAACCUAAACAAAACUUCAGAGGAUAUCAGUGGCAUGUAUUGACAAACAUAUCCACCUCAAAAAUAACUUAUUAUUAGGGUUGGCGAACAAAAACAAUAAAAUGCAGAAAAAGAAAAUAGUGCUAUGUGCCGGUUGUGACAAUCCUAUUACAGACAGGUUUAUUUUUAAUGUACUGGACGCCACCUGGCACUCCCAUUGUGUAAAAUGUUCGGACUGCCACUCCACACUAGCGGACAAAUGUUUCUCAAGGUCCGGACAGCUGUAUUGUAAAGACGACUUUUUCCGGAGGUAUGGCACAAAGUGCGGAGGUUGUGGAGAUGGUAUAUCACCGAACGACCUGGUUAGAAGAGCGAGAGACAAAGUAUUUCACUUGAGAUGUUUCACGUGUAUCGUCUGUAGAAAACAGCUCUCUACUGGUGAAGAACUCUAUGUCCUAGAAGAAAAUAAAUUCAUUUGUAAAGAAGAUUAUUUAAAAAGCAGUUACGCGGGUUCAGAUCAGGAAGAUUUAGAUGAUUUUGAGGACUUAUUGGACAAUAACAACUUCAGUAGCAAUAUAUCAGACAAAGAUUCGACCAUAAGUACAGAAGACUCCCACGUGACCACCCCAAACCCAUCCGCCCAAUCCCACACCUCAACCAACAGUAACAAAUAUUUUAAAGACACAGAAGAAGUAUUAAGCCCGGAAUUCAAAGACAUUGAUGAUAUUAACUUAAAAAGUCCCCAAAGUGUAGAUAAUGUAUCGGAAGCUGGGGACACGAAUAAUAACACUGAAAACCAAGAUAAUUCAUCGAACUCAACCAAAAGGAGAGGUCCCCGUACCACCAUUAAGGCCAAACAGCUUGAGACUUUGAAGGCAGCGUUUGCAGCAACUCCUAAACCCACCAGACACAUACGUGAACAACUGGCGAAAGAGACAGGAUUGAACAUGCGUGUAAUACAGGUGUGGUUCCAAAAUCGCCGUUCUAAAGAGAGACGUAUGAAACAGCUAAGCGCGUACGGUGCCAGGAGACAUUUCUUCCGGGCUUCGCGUAGAAUGCGGGCUCUUGGUGGAGCUCUCGAGUUCGGAGACAUGGAAAUGUUGGGCCCGAAUGGGAUAGAUUACUACCCAGAAAGUAGUCCCGAAUUUUACGGCCAAGGUCCCCCACCCCAAGGAGAUUACUACCCGUGUCCUCCGAGGGACCCGAGGGAUAUAGGCGGAAACAUGGACUACCUACAUGGGUUCGGUCCAGGUGGCCAAACUCAGCUAGAACCAGGAAUGAACCCCUCUGGAAUGGGGCGUUUCAAUUAUAAUGAUAUGACGCCACCCACCUCGUCACCUAGUCCGGAACCACUACUUCCACCCGUUUCCUCCAGUACAGACAAUAUGCAGUUUAUAAACGGCCCUCUCCGCUCGCUCCAGUCAUUAGGCGGAAAUUUCCCUCCAAGUCUUAGCCACCAACCAUCACCAGCGAGUUCAGAACAAUGGCGAUAGAUGGCGCGGCAUGUUGACCUUCACGUGAUGCAUAGAUCAAAUUAAGGUCACUAUGGGAACACACAUUUCUGCGAUUUUCGGGAUGUGAGACAUCUUGCCAGGUCACAAUGGUGACUCGGGAUGAACUUUAAUUUAUUGUAAUGUAGACGAGACCUGAUCGUUGGCGCAAAUCAGUUCUUCCAAUAAUCUACAAGCAGGACAGGGGGCAGUAGAUUGUUCAGGACAAAUAUAAUGGAGUUUGCUAGAUCGCACACGCAUCACAUUAUGACUAGCAAAUGUACCGGAAUGAUACCAGUGUCCGAAUUUCAUCGGCAUACGAUUUGUAAAUGACAGUAUAGUUCAUUGAUAUGGCGGGGGUAUAUCAAUGGUAGUGUGUCACGCGGAGAUAUUGCUUGUCAUGACUCCGGGUAAUGUAGAAUGACUGUGUUAUUUCACCAAAAUACUCUGGUUGUCAGAGCUUAGUAUUAAGACGAAGCUCUAAAUGAUAGUGAGAUUUCGCUCAUAAGUGAAGGCACAACUUAUGUUUAUGCAUAUACGUUAUGAGUAUAAGUGAAUUGAACGCUGGUGUUUCGCAAAAAGGUGUACUUAUACGUAUAGAAAUGUGUAUUUCAUCGAUCAAUCCUAAUGUUCUUUUCACCAAGAAUUUGUUUCUCCUCUAAACUAGCAUGUUUAUACGGUUGAUUGGAUAGCAAUAUGACUUUAGGCCAAGUAAUACCAUGAUUCCCUAUUAAGCUAUAAGUGCGGUUCGAAAUCUAUUGAAAAGGGGACGUCCAUCAAAUUUUUGAUAUGGAAUAAUAUAUGACUCAAGAUGAAAUAUGUUGGGCAUGAACCCAAUAUUUCUUGUUAGAUAAAGUAUACAUGCUAACAACGACAUAUAGAUUAAGAACUGUGAAUUCAAAUGCACGAAUUGUAUAAUUGUUCAUAUAAUUAUUUGUAAUUAUGUAAUUUUAAAAUUGUUAAUAGGACUUUAAUUGUAGUCGUUUAAAUAGCAAUGAUUGUAAUGUAUAUAAGACGGCAUAAUAUAUAAUAUGAUAAUAAACUUGAUCUGUUUUCGUAAAUAUUUUUAUAGUAUUUAUUAUGUGCUUUAUGUGAAUUUAAUCUAUAUUUCUAAAUGUUGAUGAAGAAAUAUGUUUGAGACCAAAAACUUAUCUUCAUAGCUUUGAUUGCCGCAGUCACAUUUGAUCUAGGACAACCGUACGGAGGCCACAGCUUCCCAAAAUCGAGAUAAAUAUGCAGCAUAAAAUUUAGGGAUAAGUAGUUCGAUGUCGAUUUUCUAUAUCUAUUUGAUGAAGCUACAGCCGCCGUACGACCGCCGCAGAGCAAAUGUGACUGAAUGUGUCUUUAAACCACCCACAUGUAUGUAUGGUAAUGAUUACGCAAGUAAUUGCAAACGAUGUUCUUGUAACAUAAAAACAUGUUUAUUUCUACUUUUGGAAUUUUUUUCAGUUGUACAUGC